AGUAACUAGGCUCAACUCCCACAGAUCCUGUGAGACAAUUGUGUUUGUGUACAGACUUGUAUGUAUUUGUGUAUACAUUAAUAAACAGUUGCUGUUUUAUUAAUAAUGACAUUUUCCUAGUUACCUAGUGUUGCAUUAACUUUUCCUAGGGAGAUGCGAACAAACGUUUAUUCAUCCCAGAUAGGGCAACAAGGACAGAGCAAAGUACGAUUCUACUAAAGUCCAACUUGGCGAACCACACUAAACAAGAUUGGUGAUGAAAUGGAGCCCGGAACAAACUCUUUUCGAGUAGAGUUUCCAGAUUUUUCCAGCACCAUUCUGCAGAAGCUAAACCAGCAGCGCCAGCAAGGACAGUUAUGUGACGUCUCCAUUGUUGUCCAAGGCCACAUUUUCCAUGCACACAAAGCCGUUCUUGCUGCCAGUUCACCCUACUUUUGUGACCAAGUACUCCUAAAAAACAGUAGGAGGAUUGUCUUGCCUGACGUGAUGAACCCGAGAGUGUUUGAGAACAUUCUCUUAUCCAGCUACACAGGGCGCCUUGUGAUGCCUGCUCCAGAAAUUGUUAGUUACUUAACAGCAGCCAGCUUCCUCCAGAUGUGGCAUGUGGUGGACAAGUGCACUGAGGUCCUGGAGGGAAACCCCACAGUCCUGUGUCAGAAGCUGAAUCACGGCAGUGACCACCAGUCUCCCAGUAGCAGUAACUACAAUGGCCUGGUCGAGAGCUUCGAGCUGGGCUCUGGGGGGCACACUGAUUUCCCCAAAGCCCAGGAACUGAGGGAUGGUGAGAACGAAGAGGAGAGCACCAAAGAUGAGCUGUCGUCUCAGCUCACUGAGCAUGAGUACUUGCCGAGUAACUCCUCCACAGAGCAUGACCGGCUGAGCACGGAGAUGGCGAGCCAGGAUGGGGAGGAGGGGGCCAGCGACAGCGCUGAGUUCCAUUACACCCGGCCUCUGUACAGCAAGCCCAGCAUAAUGCCUCACAGGCGCUGGAUCCACGUGAAGCCUGAGCGCCUGGAGCAGGCGUGGGAGGGCAUGGAUGUGCACGCGGCCUACGACGAGCACCAGGUCACCGAGUCCAUCAAUACCAUGCAGACGGACCACUUGGUCCAGCCUUCAGGGGUGGAGGAGGAGUUCCAAAUUGUGGAGAAGAAAGUGGAAGUGGAGUUUGAUGAGCAAACAGAGGAGAGCAACUAUGACGAGCAGGUGGACUUCUAUGGCUCCUCCAUGGAAGAGUUUUCUGGAGACAGAGUGGAUGGGAAUCUAGUUGGGCAUAAACAGGAGGCUGCAGGCUACAGUGAGAACGUUGAAAUGGUGAUGGGCAUAAAAGAAGAGGCGUCCCACUUAGGAUUCUCAGCCGCUGACAAGCUAUAUCCUUGUCAGUGUGGGAAAAGUUUCACACACAAGAGUCAGCGAGAUCGACACAUGAGCAUGCACCUCGGUCUCCGCCCUUAUGGCUGUAGUGUCUGCGGUAAGAAAUUCAAAAUGAAGCACCAUCUCGUGGGCCACAUGAAAAUUCAUACAGGCAUAAAGCCCUACGAGUGUAAUAUCUGUGCAAAGAGGUUUAUGUGGAGGGACAGUUUCCACAGGCAUGUGACUUCUUGUACCAAGUCCUAUGAAGCUGCAAAGGCUGAGCAGAAUACAACUGAGGCUAACUAAAAAUAGGGUCUGGCCCUUGAGUGGCAUGCACAAAAAUAAACUAUGGUAAUUAAUGCAAAUCUGGGCACAGAUGAUGCGUGCCACUUGCUAUUAUGAGAGAAGCUUAAAAAAAAAAGAUAUUUCUGAAAAGACCAGCUCUAAGUAGGCCAAUUAAAAAAUUUAAUUUCUCAAAUUUGUAUGUUCCUGUCCUAGCCUAGAGUGGAUGAUGGGAAUAAGUUCACCCAGUGCCCAGCUGGCAAUACAACCCUUUCAGCUUGCAGCGCUGAAGGUAGGUGGACUUGGUGGCAGACUCUAACCCACCAGCUCUACUCAGGUGGCAGCAGUUUUCUCUCACUCACUGUCCUGAGGUCACGUUGCAUUUUAUUUUCCCCUGGUAGCUACAGGGUCCUGGGUUUUGCUUUGGUAGCGGCGUCACUGCAUGCUGCUCCCCUCAUGGACGGCUACAGUAACCCGACUCCUGGGCUGAGAUUGAACAGAGCUCUCUUGUCUAGUUUCAUACUUUCUACAGGUUCUAGCUAAAACUGUCACAAUGUUAGAUAGAUCUUCUGAGUCUGAAACAGGUGACACUGUCAUAGUGCUGCAAACUUUUUGUUUUUCUUCUGUGCAUUGGUGUUUUGUCUGCAUGUAUGUCUGUGUGAGGGUGUUGGAUCUCCUGGAACUGGAGUUACAGGCAGUUAUGAGCCACCAUGUGGGAAUUGAACCUGGGUCCUGAAAGAACAAUCAGUGCUCUUAACCACUGAGCCAUCUCUCCAACUCUGCUGCAGGUAGUAGGUUUGAGCUGUUGUGUCUCCCGUUAAGUCUGUGGGUGCCAGAGAUACGUGUUUCUAGUUGGUGUGUUGUCUUAAGGUCCCUCAUUUAAUGGCAGGAGACAGCCAGCCUGUAGCACUGUCCUGUGGCUCCCCCUGCCUUAGAUCAUGGUGCUCCCCAACACGGACAGCCAGGGACCACACACAGCUCAUGGGACCAAACCAGAAUGUGUGCCUAAGACUUCACCUGUGAGCAAGGCUCUCCCAUGCUCAGUGUGUGAGAGGCAGCAGCUUAUAAACGGGCUGCUUGAGAGAGAUUCUCAAAAAAGCACUCGUGUGGGG